UAAACAAACAUGGCACGGCGGCUUAAUCGCACCUUUACGAUGCGUAGGCAGGCGAAAAAGUGAAACAUGCACCCAUUAAUACGGAAUAUGUUGUGCAAGACAUGAGUCCGUAGCGGGGGGGUCAGCUGUAUGGUUUAUCUGGGUCUUGGAGAGCAGCGGCCGUGUGUUCUGGUAGCUAGCCCCGGGCUGCUGCUGCGAGCUAGCAACAUGGACCUUGGAGCGAUGUUGUACAACAACCUGAAAGAUGUGACCUGGAGCAACACGGCCCUAGCCCUGGACCAGCUGGUCAGCAGCUACAAGCUGCCCCAGAUCGCCAGGCUGGACAACGGUCAGACAGUUGAGGGGCUCAGAGACAACGACUACCUCUUACUUCAUUCCUGCCGCCAGUGGACAACUAUUACCGCACACAGUUUAGAAGAGGGACACUAUGUGAUUGGGCCUAAAAUAGAGAUCCCAGUACAUUAUGAAGGUCAGUUUAAGCUACUUGAACAGGACCGAGAUGUCAAGGAGCCUGUGCAGUACUUCAACAGUGUGGAGGAGGUGGCCAAAGCUUUCCCUGAAAGGGUGUAUGUCAUGGAGGAAAUCACCUUCAAUGUUAAGAUGGCUUCAGGGGAAUGCAACGAGGACACAGAAGUUUACAACAUAACACUAAGCACCGGUGAUGAGCUGACAUUAAUGGGCCAGGCUGAAAUCCUCUAUGCAAAGAGCUCCAGAGAAAAAUCAAGACUCAACACUAUUUUUAAGAAGAUCGGGAAGCUCAACUCCAUCAGUAAGAUUGGUCGAGGCAAGAUGCCUUGCUUGAUUUGCAUGAACCACCGCACGAAUGAGAGCAUCAGCCUGCCGUUUCAGUGCAAAGGCCGGUUCAGCACGUGCAGCCCGCUGGAGCUUCAGAUGCAGGACGGCGAACACACCAUCAGGAACAUAGUGGAAAAAACCCGGCUCCCAGUCAAUGUAAUAGUGCCCGGCAGUCCACCGCGCAACCAGCAUGACCUCCACCUCAUUCGGGAGGGCCAUCGCUACAAAUUGGUUAACAUCCAGACAAAGACUGUGGUUGUGUGCUGCAUAUUGCGCAGCAACAAAAUUAUCCCCAUUCAUUUCCCCUUCCAUAGGGCCAUGCCGAGUUUCAUUGUUCCAGAAGAACUGUUGCAGGGGGAGUUGUGGCUAGAGACUAUGGUGCAUCGCUGGUUUUCCUUCUGCCAGGAUCAGUUUGACAUAGACGACUACUCUCGUGCUGUCCGGGAUGUGCGGACGGACUGGAAUGAUGACGGAAAAAGCCCAAAGAAAAGCAGCGGGAAUGGCGGCUGCAGCGGAAACAGUGGCGGCAACGGCAGCUCCAAUGGGUGUACCAGCCACGUGCAGAUCCCCAACUCUUUAACUUAUGCCAGAGAUGAGCUCACCCAGUCUUUCCAUAGACUAUCGGUGUGUGUGUAUAGUAGCAAUCUGCACGGUAACAGUGAAGUCAAUUUGCAGGGAUGCAUGACAUUUUGCGGAGACUGGGCUCUUCUGCCUUCUGAUGGCCACCAUUCAGAAUCUGGAGAAAGUGAACACAUGUUCCCUGAGUUGUUGGAAAGCACAACCCAGCAGCCAACCCUCAACAAGCUGGACGUUCCCUACGAGGAGCUGUGGCUGGAUCACUUGAGAGAGCAGAGCCCCAAACCCUCUUCGAGUGAAGGAAUCCGAUGCAUCAACAAUGGCUGUUCUCCCACCGCCGCGCUGUCGUACCCGGUCACCUGUCCCGUCAGUCCUGUUACUACUGUGGACGGGCCUCUGACUCCCCCGCCCGUCCCACCCAAGUCUGAAGCUGUGAAGGAAGAAUGUCGUCUUUUGAACGCUCCGCCAAUCCCUCCACGAAGUCUGAAACAGCUCCCGUCGGUGCCCGUCUUGUCGAAGCCUCGACAGCAAGACACUCGUUCUCCGAGUCCAACCCUCUCCUAUUAUUCUUCUGGUCUCCACAACAUCAGUGGCACGAGUGAGCAGGAAGGAGCUGACCCACAAGAACAAAGCCGUGUCUGCUACCCUUGCAACUGGGGGAAAUCCAGCAGCGCUGAACAAAGCGCUGCUUCGCCCUGCGGGAGCCUUCCCUCGGAUGGGUUGUCUUCACGCGUGUCUUGGCCGAAUAACUUCAGCGGAGGGGAGUCUCAGUGCAUGGAGGAGUUUCUACCAGCGGGUUGCAGGAGUUACUACAGUUACCCCAGAAAGAGAACUCCAAGCAUCCCAAAAACCUGCACGUCCAGCCUCGUUGACUUUGACGUACAAGAGCAUGCCCAUAGCAGCAAGGACUUCAGCCUGCAGAAAGCCUCUCUGAACCAGAUCUACACUAAAUCCUCAAGUUACAAUUCAGAAAUGUACAGAGACAAGCCCAUCGAGGAAUCUAACGCUAAGCAAAGCCUCUCUUGCCCCAGCUUACCCCCGAGAACGCCCAAAUCCAACGUCACAAAGAAGUGCACGGAUUUACCACCAGAGUCAGUAUGUAACACUAAGCAGGAAACCGUGACUUCCUCACCUAUUCAACAUGAGCCAGGUACGCAGGAGAUAUUUAGCAUCUCCAACUCAUUGACCUUAAACUGCCAAUCGCUUCCUCCCGCCGCACAGUGGCAGCCGCCGUCCAGCUUGGCUGGCAUUUCUAUCGAAGAGGUGUCCAAAUGUCUACGGUUUAUUGGACUCCCAGACGACAUCGUUUCUCUUUUCGUGUCUGAAAAGAUCGACGGGAAUCUACUCCCGCAGCUCACCGAGGAGAUUUUGUCGGAGGACUUCAAGCUAAGCAAACUGCAAGUGACGAAACUGAUGCAGUUCAUAAGUGGGUGGAGGCCCAAGAUAUAAGACGGUGAAACCUGUCGUGAGUGACAACGUAAUGCCUUCAGUAUAUAUGCUAUGCACAUCAAGCCACAAAGAGUUUCUUUUGUAUAUGAACUCGUUUCCUUGUUACUACAUUGUUGGGAAGAUAGUUGAGUAAUUCUAGUCAGUCCAAUUAAAGCAACACUGCAGACUUUUUUCUUUUUUAGUUUACAAGAGCACUGGCCUUUAAGGCAACAAAAGACUUAGAUGUAACGUCGUCUAUGCACUCGAUCUGCCACCAGUAUGAAGACGUCACCUACCUGUCCAGCAGGAAGGUGGCGGCUCAGCAUCAGUCUCGCAUCUCAGUUCUCACUCUUGCCAGCGAGUGAAAGUCAGUUCAAGCUUUAGUUUUUCCCAGCUGCUCUUUCUAGCUUCUUCAGAUCUGCUCCUCUGGUUUCGUCAAGUUUAAUUGAGCUGGCUGCGUUGUUUAUCCACAGGGGGGGAUGUUGCCGUGAUGUGAUGUGUGUUCUUGUGAGAGUGAUCCAGGAUGGAGCUCAAAGUCGCCAUCAGUCGCUGCAGGUUCACCCAAUGACAGGAUCUUGAAACUUGAAGGUUUUAAAAAAAGAAAAGUAAGGCAGUGUUGCUUUAAAGUCUUUGGUUGCUAUUUGCUAUCUAAAUGAAACAUUUGGCACUUUCAUAGAUUAUUUUAAGUCAACCCCUUUUUUUUUUUCUCCCUCACAGCCUAUGAGUGUUAUUGUCUUUAAACAAGCUGACAUAUGUAAAAGAUUAUGAUUAGACACAUUAGGUUGAGGAGUGCUUGGAGAGCACGUCAUCUCUUCCUAAACGUAUUCCUUUUUUUUUAACAGAACACUGAUUAGUAAUGUUUGUCUAUUUAACCCAAGAUUGAUGGAUUUCAUAACAAAACAAAUAUAGUAUUUUAAUUUGUAAAGCUUUUAGAAUGACAAACGUAUGUCCAGAACUUACCAGUCCAGUUAAUGUAUCCUAACAGGGACACAAGGGUGUUUGUGUUGGGAUUUUAGUCAGGCAGUCAGGUUUCUUGAGGUUGAAGAUGCAACAGAAAAUGUUACUGCACAAACCUGAACUUGCAUCAGAAUAGCUACGUUUUCUACUGUUAAAGUUUUACUCCCGUUCUCUUAUAAAUCAUCCCUUAGAGUCCUUGAGCUCCAAGUUUGGCCUGCCUGAGCAAUAUGUGUGUAUCUAAUAUAUAUAUAUAUAUAUAUAUAUAUAUAUAUAUAAUUAGAAAAUGAAUCUGAGAACAAAACGCAAGUGGUUUGGCAUCAGUGAAUAUGAUAAAUAUAUCAAUAUUAAACUUGGGUUGAAAGUUAAAAAAAAAAAGGAUUCUCUUAUCAUAAAAAAUAAUAAUUUUAUAAACCAACAAAGCUUUGAUAGCCACCAAAAAUCCUUUUAGAUGUUCUAAUUAACAGAACUAUAUUAAAAAAUCAGCCAAAAUCAAAUAGUUGUCAUGUAUCUUCAGCAAGAAGAGGAAUCUUGAAAACUCUUAAUGCAAGUUUUUAUGUCUUUACUUGAACCUGCGAUGUCUCGGUUAGACCUAACUGAAGUUACUUGUAGCUGAGCGUGAAUGAAGGCAGGCGUCACAGUCAUGUCCUUAACCCAGUAA